AUGGGGUCCCAGGUCUCCGUGGACGUGGGAGCUGUGAACGUGGUGGUCGUGGGUGGGGGCUUCGGUGGGAUCGCCGCCGCCAGCCAGCUGCAGGCUCUGAACAUCCCCUUCGUGCUGGUGGACAUGAAGGACUCCUUCCACCACAACGUGGCAGCCCUCCGGGCCUCCGUGGAAAGCGGGUUUGCCAAAAAGACAUUCAUUUCCUACUCGGAGACCUUUAAGGAAAACUUCCGGCAGGGGCUGGUAGUGGAGGUGGACCUGCAGAAUCAGACGGUGCUGCUCGAGGAUGGCGAGGCCCUGCACUUCUCACAUCUUAUCCUGGCCACUGGCAGCACCGCGCUCUUUCCGGGCAAGUUUAACCGGGUGGCCAGCCGGGAGGUUGCUAUCCAGGCCUACGAGGACAUGGUGAAGCAGGUCCGGCGCUCACGGUCCGUGGUGGUGGUGGGAGGCGGCUCUGCCGGAGUGGAGAUGGCGGCAGAGAUUAAAACCGAAUUCCCCGAGAAAGAGGUCACUCUCAUCCACUCCCACGUGGCCCUUGCCGACAAGGAGCUCCUGCCCUGUGUCCGGCAGGAAGCGAAGGAGAUCCUGCUCCAGAAAGGCGUGCGGCUGCUGCUGAGUGAACGGGUGAGCAACCUGGAGGAGCUGCCCCUCAACGAGUAUCGAGAGUGCAUCCAGGUGCACACGGACAAAGGCACAGAGGUGGCCACUAACCUGGUGAUUGUCUGCAAUGGUAUUAGGAUCAACAGCGCCGCCUACCGCAGUGCGUUCGAAAGUCAUCUGGCCAGCGAUGGCGCUCUGCGAGUGAACGAGUAUCUCCAGGUGGAGGGCUGCAGCCACAUCUAUGCCAUCGGCGACUGCGCAGACGUGAGGGAGCCCAAGAUGGCCUACCACGCCGGCCUCCACGCCAACGUUGCCGUGGCCAACAUCGUCAACGCCAGGAAACAGAGGCCCCUCAAGGCCUACAAGCCAGGCGCGCUGACGUUCCUCCUGGCCAUGGGGAGAAAUGACGGCGUGGGCCAGAUCAGCGGCUUCUACGUGGGGCGGCUCAUGGUUCGGCUGGCCAAGAGCCGGGACCUGUUCGUCUCCUUGAGCUGGAAGACCAUGCGGCAGUCUCCGCCCUGA